CACAGAUUCAUCAUCAUCCCAUAAAUUAAGAGCAAACAAAUCGAAAAUAUUUUGUCGUCAAAACUUUCUUUCAAUUCUAGAGAAGAAAAUGGACCUAAGGGUGAUGGGUUUCGACCCCGCCGUCGUGGACACCCUCCACGAGCUCCUGGACUUCACCGACGAGACCGACAAGUCGUUCCACCACGCCCCGUCACGCGCCUACGUCCGUGACGCCAAGGCCAUGGCGGCCACGCCGGCGGACGUGAAGGAGUUACUGGACUCGUAUGUUUUCGUCGUCGACAUGCCGGGGCAGAAGUCGGACCAAAUCAAGGUCCACGUGGAGGAGGACAACAUGCUGGUUGUGAGCGGAGAGAGGAGACGAGAGAAAGAGAAGGAUCAAGGCGUCAGGUACAUAAAAAUGGAGAGGAGGCUGGGCAAGUACUUGAAGAAGUUUGCGUUGCCGGAGAAUGCCGACUGCGAGAAGAUAUCAGCGGUGUAUCAGGAUGGGGUGUUGACGGUGACGGUGGCGAAGAAGCCGCCCCCGGAGCCGAAGAAGUCGAAGACAAUUGAGGUCCAAGUUGCCUAAAGAGAGCAUGUGCGUUAACGUUGUUGUUGUCGAUCCCUUUUCUUUGUGUGUUGUGUGACUUGUGUCCCUAUGUGUGUGUGCGCUUAAGGGGGAGUAUCCCUUUGUUUUUGAAGGUAGUCUUAUAUGGCCUUUUGUUUGUUUGUGUCUUGAGAGUGAACUUUUCAGGCAAGUGUCAACUCUUCUAAUUACUCUAUUUUAACUCAAGAAUAUUGCAUGUGUCUAUGUGUGUGCCUUUUACCUACCCUUUUUUUAUAGUAUCGUAAUUAAUGCUAAAAGUUUGUUUUUGUUUUUUUUUAUAA